AUGGUUCACCCAGGCAGCAAAAGUAGCCCCAAAGACCCUCGCUUGCUUAAAGCUGGACACCCUCCUGCUGUAAAGGCUGGCGGCAAGAGAGUGGCUAAAAAGGGCUUGGAAGAGGCGGGCACUCAUGGAACCCUAGAGAAGGAGACCAAAAGGCCUGACAAAAACAGGUCCGGUGCAAACAGGAUGCAACAAGUGAGUCUUCUUCUGGCAGGAACUCUAGACAAGCUGAGCCACGACUUUCCUGAGACGCCAGUGAGUGUGAGGCACAGCAAGGUGCGACCUGCUGUGGAGAAGCCCCACUCUCCCCGUCUCACCUUCUGCAUCCAGCAGCCAAGGAAGUUCUGA